ACGGCCGCUAUAAGAGCGCGCGGGCCGCACGCCGCCUCCCGCCGCGCCUCCUCGCUGCCGCGCUGCGUCCCGGCGCCCGGCUCCCGGCCCGACCCGCGGCUGCGGCCGCCGCGCCCGGCAGCACCAUGGCAGAUCAGGCCUUUGUGACGCUGACCACAAACGAUGCCUACGCCAAAGGAGCCCUGGUCCUGGGCUCGUCUCUGAAACAGCACAGGACCACCAGGAGGCUGGCUGUGCUCACCACCCCGCAGGUCUCAGACUCCAUGAGAAAAGCUUUAGAGACAGUCUUUGAUGAAGUCAUCCUGGUAGACGUCUUGGAUAGUGGUGAUUCUGCUCAUCUAACCUUAAUGAAGAGGCCUGAGUUGGGUGUCACGUUAACUAAACUCCACUGCUGGUCACUUACACAGUAUUCAAAAUGUGUGUUCAUGGAUGCAGAUACUCUGGUCCUAGCCAAUAUCGAUGAUCUUUUUGAGAGAGAAGAAUUGUCGGCGGCCCCAGACCCAGGGUGGCCUGACUGCUUCAAUUCCGGGGUCUUCGUGUUUCAGCCUUCUUUGGAAACAUACAAUCAACUGUUGCACCUUGCUUCUGAACAAGGUAGCUUUGAUGGUGGGGACCAGGGUUUACUGAACACAUUUUUUAGCAGCUGGGCAACGACAGAUAUCAGAAAACACCUGCCAUUUAUUUAUAACCUAAGCAGCAUUUCUAUCUACUCCUACCUCCCAGCAUUUAAAGCAUUCGGUGCAGAUGCCAAAGUUGUGCAUUUCCUGGGACAGCUCAAACCAUGGAAUUACACCUAUGAUCCUAAAGCAAAGAGUGUCAGAAGCGAGUCCCACGAUCCCACCAUGACUCAUCCAGAGUUUCUCAACCUGUGGUGGGACAUCUUCACCACCAACAUUUUACCUCUGCUUCAACAGUUUGGCCUUGUCAAAGACACCCGCUCCUACGUAAAUGUGGAAAAUGUCUCAGGAGCCAUAUCACACCUGUCGCUUGGGGAGAUCCCGGCUACAGAGCAGCCUUUUGUAUCCUCAGAAGAACGGAAGGAGCGGUGGGAACAGGGCCAGGCUGAUUACAUGGGAGCAGAUUCCUUUGACAACAUCAAGAGGAAACUUGACACUUACCUCCAGUAGAAGCACUGCCACUUUCCCGUGGACACAUCUUCUUCACAGGCACUUGUUUCUGAUACUUAGCAUCUAGAGCUGGGUUAAGGAAGGUCUGUUACAGUUACUAGAGGCUUUCACUAAAAUUCAUCAGAUGAGGGUUUUGCAGGACAACAGGUGAGAACUGGGCAAAAGUUGUGAAGUAGCUGUUCUGUGGUAUGGACAGUGUUCUGCUUUUUAACCCUAGGCUUAUUCAGCUAACGUUUCAGAAGUUCUCAGUUAUGCUGAUUGCAAGCAUACGUGGUAAGAGAAACUCAAUCAUAAGCUAUGAAGAUGGCUGUUUCAACUCUGAAAUGUGUGGAGCCAGGCUCCACAUCAGUCUCCCUUCAGAAUGAGACAUGGUAUCUGUCUCUUGCUUGCUCCUUGUGCCCUUCACUAGACAGCAUUCUAGAAUUGCCCAGAGGCUGCCAGAGUGAUCGUAAUUCUGCUUUCAGGUAAAGACAGCCUAGAAUAACUCUGCUGAGUGAUUCAUAAGCAUAUCAACAAAUGGCGUUAACCCAUUUUAUUAACUAGUCUGAGUGUCUGAAGAUGUUCACCAGUUUUCUGUCUACAGUAAGGCAGCAUGCUAAAAUGCUUCUAUUCGGUUCUAUAUAUCUUAAGAUAGCAGCGUGUUCUCUGAUGGUUACCUGCAGUGGCACCUUGUAUGAAAAAUAAAGACUUAUUGCCAUA